AUGCAGUUACAGUUUAGAGAGGGGAGAGGUCACUUCAGCUGCAGGGAUAAGGAGGUGGUAUUUCAAAUGGGCCUUGAAGGAUGGCUAAGUCCCAGAAAUGCUUAUCAGAUGGGGAUAACAUUCCAGAUAGCAGGAAGGGCACACACAAAGGCUGGAGAUAAAAAAAAAGUGCAGAACAUAGGGAAUCCUGAAAAAGCCAUUUGGGAGUUACUUCCCAAAAAUGUUAAUCACAGCUGGAUUGAAAGAGUCUUUGGGAAAUGUGGCAAUGUUUUUUAUAUAAGUAUACCACAUUAUAAGUCUAUUGGAGAUCCAAAGGGAUUUGCGUUUGUGGAAUUUGAAACAAAAGAACAAGCAGCAAAAGCAAUUGAGUUUCUUAACAACCCACCAGAAGAAGCACCAAGAAAACCUGGCAUAUUUCCUAAAACAGUGAAAAAUAAGCCCAUUGCAGCCUUAAGAGUUGUGGAAGAGAAGAAAAAGAAAAAGAAGAAGAAAGGCCGAAUGAAAAAGGAAGACAAUAUCCAAGCCAAAGAAGAAAAUAUGGACACAAACAACACCAGCGUCAGUAAAAUGAAAAGAUCCAGACCCACAUCUGAGGGCUCUGACAUUGAGUCUGCUGAGCCCCAAAAGCAGUCCUCAAAGAAAAAGAAAAAACGGGACAGAGUUGAAGCAUCUAGCUUACCUGAAGUCAGAACAGGGAAGAGGAAGAGAAGCAGCUCUGAAGAUGCAGAAUCCCUAGCUCCCCGAUUAAAAGUAAAGAAAAUUAUUCAGAAAGACAUCAUUAAGGAAGCUUCAGAAGCUUCCAAGGAAAAUAGAGAUAUAGAAAUCUCUACUGAAGAGGAAAAGGAUACUGGAGAUCUAAAAGAUAGCUCUCUCUUGAAAACAAAAAGGAAACAUAAGAAAAAACACAAAGAGAGACAUAAAAUGGGAGAAGAAGUUAUACCAUUAAGAGUACUAUCAAAGUAAGUCUGUGGCUUAAAUUCUGUC